UCAUUGCAUUCCCUCUCAUUUCAUUUUCCCUCUGGUUCUUUCUCGGAAAUCUCUGAUCCGCUGCCUUCCCCUGCGCAAUCAAGAGUUUCAGUUUUGGAAAUGAAAGCAAGGGCGUGUUAGAUAUUUCGUAAGGGCUUGGACAAUAUCGCAGUGAAUUAGAGGUUCCGGAGAGAAUAUGAGUGAUCACUUGGUGUUGACAGGGACGGAGCAGCUGGCUGAGGGUCCUUCUGGGCCGCCCCCAGGCGCAGAAGGGGCAGGCACAUCGUGUUCGAUGGAUAAGAAUAAGAGGAUUGAACAAAGGGAGGGCUCGGAUGAGAAAGAAUCACUGAUUCAGAUGGCGGAGUGUCGCAUUUGCCAGGAGGAGGAUAGCGUCUCCGUCACGGGCUUGGAGAUCCCUUGUGCUUGCAGCGGAAGCCUCAAGUAUGCGCAUAGAAAUUGUGUUCAGAAUUGGUGCAAUGAGAAAGGAGAUAUAACUUGUGAGAUCUGUCUUCAGCCUUACCAAUCUGGUUAUACUGCUCCAGGUCCUCCACCUCACCCUGAAGAGUCUGCCAUUAAUAUUGGUGGAAGCUGGACAAUCUCUGGGACCAGUUUGGAUCUUAUUGAUCCUCUCAGCUUGGCAACUGCAGAGGCAGAACAUAUAUUUUUGGAAGCUGCAUAUGAUGAGUAUGCAGCUUCAAAUGAUAGAGUAGAUGUGUUUUGCGGUGCAGCUGUUCUAACGCAGUCAAUGGCCAUCCUGCUCUUGCAUGGUGCAUUGACCAUCACAGAUCCUGAUGGAGAAGAUGGCAUGUCUAUUUUUUUCUCUUUCAUCUUGCUUCGAGCUGCUGAGUUUCUGUUUCUCUUCAGCAUUAUAGCUUGGCCCAUCAGAACUUUGCAGCAUCGACACCAUAGACAGCUCUUCUUGCUUCGGGUUGCUGAGUUUCUGUUUGUCUGUGGCAUUAUGGCUUGGGUCAUCAGUACUUUGAAGCGCCAACGUCAAAUACAGGAUCUUUCUAUGAUGAUUGGGUGAGACGGGAGGCUGCAGCACAGGUAGCAACACAAAGUUGCUUUCAUACUACAACAUGGGCGACGUAGGGUUGGCAAUUUUGCGGCAGCAUCAAGACCCACUCUGACUUCACCCCAGGAACUUGUUUAAUUUGACUGUACAUGCACUGAUACUACAUGGUUUUCUUCUGUGUUCUACUGAAAAAGAGAUUGUGCAGAAAUUACGAUUACUCCGUCCAGAGAUUUUUAAUUGAGAAAGGAACAAACAAAGAGGGAAAUAUGUUCUGUUGUUAAUACAGUUUAGGCUUUGUUGGAAAGCCUUGACAUCUCCAUAUUUUGUGUUAUUUUUUUCCCUUCAUCUCUAUAAAUGUAUAUACUAGUUGUGAGUUACCUCAAGUUGCACAGCACCCGGUUGUUAUCUGGAAUUUGCUGUCUUUUGUCAUAUAAACAUGUGUUGUAACUUCAAUAAACCUCUCUCUCUCUCUCUCUCUAGAUGCAGCCAUAAGUGUUAUAUAAACUACCAUCUUGUUAGC